ACAGUCAGUCAGACAGACAAUAGCCACACCAGAGAGACACCGCUAAUAGAAAGAGUGAGAAAGGUUCUGAGGCUUAAGAGUGGAUUCAUACAGUGUUUUGAAUAAGGACGGCAUAAAACUACUUCAUUUAUUAACUCAGUGCCCACUGUAUCCCUUCAAAGCUCUGACUGGAUAUCAACUCGAGGAAAAGAAACUGUCUUAACACUAAUGAGUGCGACCAACUCCUCUGCCUAUCGAUCGGAGCGCAGUUUCCACCAGAAAUCCUCCUCAUCUUCAUCCUCAACCUCAACAAACCCAUACAUGGAGAAGAGCCGGGGACUCUUCGCUGAGGACUUUGGAUCUUUCAUGUGUCCAAAAGAUGCUUUGGGAUUUCCAAACAGAACAGGGACAGCUGGAAACAUCAAGACUCUGGGAGACACAUACCAGUUCACAGUGGAUGUCCAAGACUUCUCUCCUGAGGAUGUGAUAGUCACCACCUCAAACAAUCAGAUUGAAGUUCAUGCUGAAAAGCUUGCUACUGAUGGAACAGUGAUGAACACUUUUACCCAUAAAUGCCAGCUACCAGAGGAUGUAGACCCCACUUCAGUGAAGUCAAGUUUGGGGGCUGAUGGGACUCUCACUAUAAAAGCACAGAGAAACACUGCAAAACUGGAGCACGCACAGACGUUCCGCACAGAGAUCAAAAUUUAGAUCUUUCCUCUCCUGCUGUAUCUGUUUUCCUGUGAUAAAUGACCUUGAUGAUAGUUACUUAGUCCUGCUUUGUCAUUCCUCCAUGACCUUCUCUAAUUACUUUUCAUUAAGACUUGGGUGGAAUUUAAUCCUGUCACAUGUAUCCGACACAUUUAAGACAAAUGCACUGCUAACAUAAUUUCCCUGCUAAAUAUAUAUCACCUUACAAUAUACAGUGGGGUCCAAAGUCUGAGACCACAAUGAACAUAAGUGAUUCAAAAUACAAUUUAAAUCUAUAAUGAAACAUAACAUUUUAUGAAAUUAUGAAAGAAAAUGUAUGUCUUUGAAUAAGAGAUUUUGUUAUUUGGUAAUUAAUGAAUAAGAAAUGUUUAAAUUCGGCACUAUUUCUGUCACUAAAAGCAAUCAGAUUUGUUAAGAUUGACUUGUGACGUGACUCUUUCUGCACAUGCUCAGAUGUUCUUGCUUCCAUUAAAACUCAUUUAAAUCA